CUCUCUUCCUCCUCAGCUCAGCCAAACCUUCUAUCGAGAGACUGAGCUCUCUGAGAGUGAGGAAGAGACACAAAAACCUUUAAAAUGGUGAAGGAAAUGGCCUGCACUUCCUCUUCCGAGGCCUCCGUGACCGUCGUCUCGAAAUGUACGGUCUUCCCGGACCGGAAAUCAACCCUCGAAGACCUCAAGCUCUCCGUCUCCGACCUCCCCAUGCUGUCCUGCCACUACAUCCAGAAGGGCUGCCUCUUCACCAGUCCCCCGAAUGAUGUCCCCUCCGAGGCCCUCGUCAGUCUCCUCAAGCGCGGACUCUCCCAGGCCCUGGCCCUGUUCCCUCCCCUCGCUGGCCGCCUCAUGACCGACCCGGAUGGCCACGUGCACAUCUCGUGCAAUGAUGCUGGGGUCCUCUUCCUCCAUGCUUCGGCAAGCGACUUGGCAAUCUGUGAUGUCCUAGGCCCGGUCCACGUGCCGGAAUGCAUCAAGGGUUUCUUUGCGCUUGACCGGACGGUCAGCUACUGCGGCCAUUUUGAACCCAUCAUGGCUGUUCAGGUGACGGAGCUGAAGGACGGGAUAUUCAUUGGGUGCACGGUGAACCACGCCGUGAUUGAUGGCACGUCGUUCUGGAACUUCUUCAACACGUUCGCGGAGGUCUGCAGGGCCGGGUCUCGCCGGGUCUCCCGGGUCCCAGACUUCGGCCGCGACUCAGUGCUCAUAUCUUCUGCUGUUCUAAAGGUGCCUGAGGGCGGGCCCAAGGUCACAUUCGACGAGUACGCGCCGCUUGCGGAGAGGAUCUUCAGCUUCAGCCGGGAGGCCAUUCUCGAGCUCAAGGCCAAAGUUAACGGCAACCAUAACCAGAAAAGGCUGUUGGAGGCUAACGCCGUUGAGGUCAUGGGGAAGCAACUCCACGAUCCGCACGUGACAGUCAACGGCAAGGUGACGUCGAUAUUGGACAACUUGAACUUCUUCAGGGGCGGCGUUUCAAAACGGUCAGCAGCAGCUGACCAGGGACGUGGCUCGCACGCGGCCGUGGAGAUCUCGUCGUUCCAAUCCCUCUGCGCGCUCCUGUGGAAGUGCGUGACACGCGCGAGGAAGCUACCGGCUUCCAAAACGACCACGUUUAGGAUGGCCGUGAACUGCCGCCACCGGCUUGAACCGGCAUUGGACACCCACUACUUCGGCAACGCGAUACAGAGCAUCCCGACAUACGCACCUGCCGGCAAUGUCCUCGCCCGUGAUCUUCGCUGGUGCGCCGAGCAGCUAAACAAGAACGUAUUGGCCCAUGAUGAUUGGAAGGUGCGACGCGGUGUGGAGGACUGGGAGCGGGACCCAAGGUGCUUCCCUCUGGGCAAUUUCGACGGGGCAUCGAUUACAAUGGGGAGCUCGCCGAGGUUCCCGAUGUUUGACAACGACUUUGGAUGGGGGCGCCCGAUGGCUGUGAGGAGCGGACGUGCGAACAAGUUUGACGGGAAGUUCUCAGCCUUCCCAGGGAGAGAAGGCAGCGGGAGUGUAGAUAUUGAGGUAGUGCUGUCCCCGGAGACGAUGGCGGCGAUCGAGGCGGACCCGGAGCUCAUGCAAUAUGUGUCGAGCUAGUACGAAUUGGAUCGAUGUAUGAAUUCAAUUCAAGAUGUCAUCUAUCAAGUAAUUAAUUUUGUCUAAUUUAAUUGGACAUUAAGGACUUACACCAAAGGGUCGUGGUGUAUGAUAAGAUUAGAGUUCUAAUGUAACGGGGCCGGGUUGGAUUAAUCGGGUUGGGAGAAUCCAAGAAGAUUCUUAUAAAAAGACAGGACAUGGCAUGGAGGCCUUUUGUUUGUAAGUUAUGGCAUAUGUUGAUUCUAAUUAAAUAUCCCCCUUUUCUUUUC